CAGAGCUUCCGUAUAACAAACGUUGCACCGUGCAAUAUUCGUGCCUAAUUUAAUUGCAUUGCCAAACGGGUUGCGGUGCCAGUGGUUUUCCACGUUGGGCCGUAUUGCAUGCGGAAAGUCUGCGCAAAGAGAGCGACUCAUAACAACAUUAGCUGCUCUAUUGUUUAAAUUUUACUGCAGUAUUUUGACCUGAACAACGUCAGUUAGCUUAAAAGUAGACGUGGCUAUUUUAGGUGUUAUGCUAGCUGUAUCGAAGAGUUAUUUGUGCGUAAUUGUGUUGCAGAGCGGGCGUUUGCCUUAAUUGCCUUGUUGCAAUUGCUAAUGUAAGAAAGUUGUGCCUUUUCGUCAUACCACCGUCUCAAUUGACGCCGGGUUGCAGGUGGCAUUGCAAAGUCGAGGAAAUUUUGGUUUAGAAAACGAUAGCUGCAGUUAGCCCGCCGGUUAGCCAUUUUUGCAUUUGGCUAGCUCUGAGCACUACCUGAGGCUUAGCUAAUUAGCGCCUUUUUUUUCUUUUUUUUUUUCACAUUUAAGUGGUAUACUGCGUCCAGGGUGUUGUACUUGUGUACGCUACUGGUCAUUUAUUUGAACAACAAAAUGACGACGGAAGAAACUAAACACAAAAUGGGCAAGAAGCAGAAUACCAAGGGUAAGAAGGAUGCACAGGAGACACAAGAAGAACCUGAAGAGUUUGUUGUGGAAAAAGUACUCGACCAGCGUCUUGUCAAUGGGAAAGUAGAAUUCUACCUGAAGUGGAAAGGAUUUACAGAUGCUGACAAUACCUGGGAGCCAGAGGAGAACCUUGAUUGUCCAGAGCUGAUUUCAGCGUUUUUGGAAGCACAGAAGAACGUUAAGGAGAAGCCCGCUCCUGUUAAGAGGAAGGCAUCCACAGAUGAGCCAGAGACAGAAUCCAAGAAGAAAGAUGUGGCUGAGAAACCACGUGGCUUUGCUAGGAACCUCGAACCAGAACGAAUCAUUGGCGCAACAGACAGUAGUGGGGAGUUGAUGUUCUUAAUGAAAUGGAAAGACUCAGAUGAAGCAGACUUAGUUCCUGCCCGUGAGGCCAACACUCGCUGCCCUCAGGUGGUCAUAUCCUUCUAUGAGGAGAGACUAACAUGGCAUUCCUGUCCAGAGGAUGAAGCUCAGUAGUUUUUCCUUUGGUCGCUGCAGUCCCCUGUUCCACGUGCACCCUUUCCUCAGGACGGGAUUCUCUCCUCCGGCUUGCCUUUUAGUUUUAGCAACCUUUAGUUAUUUUUGAAGACGAUUGAACAUUCGCAUCAUUUGGCGGUCGGGGGGAGCUUUGUUGUCGUACAUUUUCUGCAAAACUGAUUGAACAGAUGGUGAUGGUGUUGUUGUGUAUCAUUAAAGAAGUCUUCCGGUAUCAUUGAGAUUGACUGAUUCCUUUGAUAGAACCCAUCACCCAUAUUCAUACACGUUCAAAUGUUUUGAGUUCUACAUUACGGCUGCUUUAAUCUGUAAAACUUUCAGUCAUCUCUUUCUAUGACGUUCUCAGUCUCAUGUAAGAUGCAUUUUGUUUUGUUUUUUCCACUACGCUAGUGCUGAUGUUUUGUUUCAAAAGUACGUUUUGUAUACCGUCUGUAAAUAUUAUUUUAAGUUCUAAUAAAGGUUUUAUGUGGCCAGA